CGUCCUCAAAGCCACAGCUGAUUCAACAACUUUGGUGGUCCUUGGAGAUAGCGGUGAAGUUUGUUGCCUUUUAUUACGUUUGUGACUUUAAAAUUAGCUCUUAGAGCAUGCCAGAUAUUAGCUAAGAUAUCAUAGCUUCGAUAGGCCAAAUAUUGACCAGGAAUUACCUUCAAUUUGUGACGUAAUUUGGGUGCAAAGGCAGGGGUGGUGAAAGUGUGGGAUAAGUUUUGCUGUGCAAUCUGCGCGUGUGCGGUGAACCCUAACCGCUAAUCGAUCCGUAAGCAUCACGUAGUAUCAACGUGGUUUUUCUGUGAACUGGUCGCGCGUUGACGGGCGCCUGUACUGCAUCCCGAUAGAAUCCGCGCCAACCCAGCACCGCAGUAAUGCAGGGCGCCAUUCACAAUUCGGCCGGCCGGCUGGUUACAUCAUUGGUUCAACUAGUGAGAGCAUCCCGGACUUCCAGAUCGAGAUCCGCCGGCAUCAGGCCGUUUCUCGGCGCAAAGAUGAUGGCGGGAGACACGCAGGGCGCACAGCCCCGAAGAACCAAAGUGUUAACUAUGGACACCAUGAAUCCCCACAUUAAGGUGAUGGAGUACGCUGUGAGAGGGCCGAUCGUUGCAAGGGCCAACGAGUUGGAGAAGGAACUACAACAGGGUAUUGCCAAGCCUUUCAAUGACAUCGUCAAAUGCAACAUUGGGGAUGCACAUGCCAUGGGCCAGCAACCUUUGACCUUUCUCCGACAGGUGGUUGCCCUGUGUACAUAUCCAAAACUACUCGAAGACCCUAGCUUCCCCGAAGAUGCUAAACACCGAGCCAAGAGAAUCCUCAACGCAUGUAAAGGCGGGAGCAUAGGCUCGUACAGCGAAAGCCCCGGUCUGGACGUCAUAAGACAAGACGCUGCCGACUACAUCCAGAGGCGAGACGGCGGUAUCCCCAGCAACCCCAAUGACAUCAUCUUGUCAGCCGGGGCGAGCGAAGGAAUCAGGUGUGUGCUGAAGAUGUUAGUGUCCGGCAAGGGAAAGGAGAGGAGCGGAGUGAUGAUCCCUAUACCACAGUAUCCCCUCUACUCGGCAACGUUAGCCGAAGUAGAUGCUGUACAGAUAAACUAUUACUUGGACGAGGCUAAGGGCUGGGGGCUGGACAUAAAUGAACUACAGAGGGCGAUAGACGAGUCUCGGACACACUGUUCUCCACGAUGCAUUGUCGUCAUAAACCCCGGCAAUCCAACAGGCCAAGUUCUCAGCAGAAGCAACAUUGAAGAUGUCAUCAAGUUUGCCCACAGAGAGGGACUGCUCAUUGUAGCUGAUGAAGUAUAUCAAGACAAUGUGUACGCUAAGGGAAGUCACUUCCAUUCCUUCAAGAAGGUCCUAACAGAGCUAGGAGAUAAGUACUCUAACCAAGAGCUGGCGUCGUUCCACUCCACGUCCAAGGGUUACAUGGGGGAGUGUGGUCUGAGAGGUGGUUACUGUGAGCUGCUGAAUCUGGAUCCAGAAGUCAAGACACAAUUGUUCAAACUCAUCUCGGCCAAACUUUGUCCCACCGUCUCUGGACAGGCUGUAAUGGAUGUUGUCGUGAACCCACCAAAGGAGGGUGAGCCGUCGUAUGCAACAUUCUCCAAGGAGAAGGCCCAAGUGCUGUCGGCAUUAGCAGAGAAAGCCAGGAUUGUAGCUGAGGCGUUCAACUCAGUCGAGGGGGUCACCUGUAACCCAGUCAUGGGAGCCAUGUAUUCCUUCCCCAGGAUAGAUAUGCCUCAGAAUGCCAUCAAUAAGGCCAAGGAGGCUGGCAAGGUACCUGAUGCCUUCUAUGCCGAACACCUACUAGAGGAGGCUGGUAUAUGCGUUGUUCCAGGAUCCGGCUUCGGACAAAGGCCUGGCACCUAUCAUUUCAGGAUGACCAUCUUGCCGUCGGUGGAGAAGUUCAAGGACGUGAUGGAAAGAUUCAAGAAGUUCCAUUCCAGUUUCAUGGCUCGCUACAAAGACGAAGAUUGAUGCCGGCUUUGCUUGCCUCUUCACCGCCACCAAGUUGGUAUUGCAAUAUUUAUUAGCCAGUGCUGCUUGUAAUCAUCAUUGAGCAAGUCGUACAUGCCUUGUGUGUUACCAACUACCCCUUUGUCCACUAGGAUUGACCCCUGUAAUCCGUUUCUGUAAAUUUUCCAGCCAUUUUGUUCAUAUUUACAUCAAACUCCCUUUAGAUGAAGGGGUACCUUGUGAAAACGCACGUCAUCCUAGUCAUCAAAGAAGCAAUGUUCAUCAUAGCUACCUAUUGUCACAUGACCUAGUUUUGUGUGGAUUCAUGAAAAAAUGGAUCAGCAAGUGUGGGGAGGGGAGGUCAUUCACUGCCCCUCCCCUUUCUCCCCACCCCCUAAAAAUGGUGGUUUUGACCCCUCCUACAUAUGGAUACGUGUAAUCUGCUUGUUAACUUGUUCAUGAGCCUGGGAAAAGUCCUGUGCACUGCCAAACCAAUACACGAAGUACCGCAUUUCUUGUGCCUUUUUAUUUUUCUGAAAGUUCUGAAAUUGAAUCGCCGUCAUAAGUGGAAUGCAGUUUUAAACUAUUUUGAAACUUUAACACCAUUUUUUUCGCUUUUAGCCUCUCUCUUAUUUUAAUGCAGAGAAUUUUGGUGGAAAAAAGUGGACAGUGACAUCUUGAAAGAAAGUUGAGAACUGUUGUAUAUUUCCGUCACUGUUUUCUGUUUAUAACAUAACAUGUCCUGCUCUCAGAUUUGAUCUUAAAAAGAGUUUUAUGUGAGCGUCUUGAUGUGGGUUUUAAUUUGAAAAGAGCUGUUUUUACUUUUAAAUGUUAUUUUAGCCCCAUGGAUUUUACUCUUUUCUUAGAGAAAUAUUUGAUCGUGCUGUAAGUAUUUUAGAAAGUAUAAGAUGAUGGAAGAAAACUGAUACAUUAUUUUUGGGUUUGGACAAAAAUUCAAAGUUCACUCAUCAGUUGCUGUGCAUCCACAUCCAAAAAGACUUGUAUCAACGGGGACGCCCUUCGGGUCGGCUCUACUCUUUGCAGCUGCCGAGGUGACUGAUCUCUAUUUUGAAAUAUUGUGAGGGAAAAGCAGUGCAUUGUGGGUAACAAAUACCACCACAGUCAUUGUAUUCAGUGUGGGAUCAAACCUGACAGGC